UCGGUGGUCUAUAAAGGCUCGAUGUCACCACAGACAGACAGACAGACGCUCAGCGCUCAUCAUGGGAAGAUCUUCAGUCCUCCUGCUGUGCAUCGUUGCAGCAUGUACAGUCUGGGCCGUCCACGGCAGAACCCUGGAGGUCAGCAUCAGUGAGGGGGAGCAGGAGGAGGUGCUGGACAUGGACGUCACCGUGGACGUACGCAAGCUUCCGGGGAUUUGCUGGGCGUGCAAGUGGGCCUUAAACAAGGUGAAGAAGCUGGCCGGGUCCAACAGCACCGUGGAGAAACUGACAGCGAAGCUGAACUCCGUCUGCGACCAAAUCGGACUCCUGAAAUCUUUGUGCCGCAAGUUUGUGAAGACACACCUGGGAGAGCUGGUGGAGGAGCUCACCACCACCGAUGACGUGAGGACGAUCUGCGUCAACGUACGAGCCUGCAAGUCGAAGGAGCUGAUGGACGCGUCCUUCAAUCCAGACGACGAAGACUUCCCCAUCAUCGAAGUUCAUGGGUUUCCUGAAUAAAAAUCAAAGUGCAUUUUUCUUGUGAUUAAAAAAAUCAUUGAAAGUUCAGGUUUUGUCCUCAUGUGUUGCCACGAAUAUCUUUUAAUGCCACAAGUUAUUUAAUUAGUUCAUUUGACUAAACAAAGCUGUUUUCUGGAGAUAAUUUAUCACAUUAAUCAAUUAAUUUGCUCACACCUGAUUCAAUACAACGCCUGUGUUCAACUGGAGAUUAAACAUUUGUUUUCUUGUAAUCACAAUAAACCAACAGAUGCACACUGAGCGAUUUAAAGUAUAGAAACGUUGAACUAAAGCCACGUGUCGCUGCUUUUCCUUUUCCUGUCUCCCCUCAGCUGUUUCUGCAAUAAAGACAAAACAUAUAUAACCAUUGAUGUGCUGCUGCGUUUACUGUCUUCAUGGCUUUUACUUUACGCUGCAACGCCUGUAAUGAUGAGUUUUAUGUUUGUGCACAACUGAUAUCAAUAAACAUGUGAAGGAUCGCCUGCA